ACUUUCAGUGAUUCAGUGUCAUUCACUCAGUUCAUCAUCCAUCAGUUCCAUUUGUCAAAAUGUUACGAACAAGCUCGCUCCGCUCCGCCAUGUGACGGAAUCAAAUGAAAAACAGUCCUUUGUGAUAUUUUCUCGGCGUUCUUGUGCUUUACUUGAAUGGGGAAAGUGAUGCUUGCGUACAGUACAUUAGAUUACUACGACAGAAUUAAUUCUGUUACAAUUUUCGGCUUUAAUAUUUGACACUUGUUUCCACGUGGUUCACGUCACAAUUUGGUCGACGUGUUAAUUUUCUACUUUUAUAAAAGUUCUCGACCGUAAUUAAAAGAAGAAAUGGAGUCGUUAAACAUCUCAAACCUUAACUUGUACAGCGGGAGAAGCAAGAGCUCCCAAGAAAACGGCGUGAAGUUUGAAAGGACAGAAGAAAAAUUCGAAAGAAAUCACCUCACUGACCAAGAUGAAGAGUACCACUGUGAAUACAAGGAAGAAAUAUGGAAGAGUCUCUUGGAACAGGAAGCUGAAAAACCAACUAUCCAUCUUCAAUCACCGCAGCUGGAGUUUCGUGGAGCCCUAGUACAGCAGCUUCGUGACGCCACAAAGAAAUUGGGUCUUAGCAUUGCGACCUUGCACUCCGCCGUGGCUCAAUUGGACUUGUUCAUGGACGCUCAUAGACUCAGGGCUGACCGACUUACGCACGUCGCUUUGGCCUGCUUAAGUUUAGCAGCAAAAAGCGAAGAAAAUCUCAGUCGAGCGCCCACAUUGAAGACUUUGUCGAAAAUAAGCCGAGUACACUUGUGUGGGAAGACGUUCAGGCAGUUGGAAUGGAUGGUCGGCCAACACGUACGGUGGCGUCUAUUGUCGCCAACACCAGUUUCGUAUGCAGCACUGUUGGCUCAAUAUGUGGUCACCGACAGCGACCUUACCACCCGACAUCCCAAGUUUGUUAGACGAUUCAAACGAGAUGGAGCUAAAGCACUAGAAGCCUAUUUAGACUUGACACUUUCCGAUGUACGUCUAAAGGUGGUGGAGUGCGUGGACGUGGGUUGUGCGUGCGUGGCGUGCGCCCGCGCCGAGCUGGGGCUGGUGGCGUGGCCAGGCUGGCUGGCCGCGCUCGCCGGCCGCCAGCCGGCCGCCGUCGCACCCAUCGCGAGACUACUGCAGAGGAUGAUGCAGAUUCUGAAAUCUCGUGAGACGUCUGUGGAAUCUGAAGUGGAUCAAGGUUACAGCAGCGCUCGGACGUCCCCCAACCAGACUCCGAGCACGUCCCCCACGCUGCACGUGUCGCCCGCCUCCAGUACGUGCAGCUCCUCGUCGUCGGCGCGCUCCCACUCACACGUCGACACCUCCUACCGUCAGCGCCCAGUGGAACGUCGACCUGACACCAACUACUCAGUCUUAGACUUGGAUGACUCCAACCCUUCUCAAAGUGUCAACACAGAAAAUUACUACACUCUGCCCACUGCCGUCGACAUGACCGUGCAACGCGUCAACACAUCGGCUGAUUACAGGUAUUGUAGGUCCAGUAGACUUAUUGAUGCUAGUUUAGAAGUUCAACCCUCGACUAGUAUGGCUGUGAAGCGUGGCAUAGACACCAAUGUAGAUAUCGAGAGUAAGAGGUAUCGACUGGCCUCACAGAUGUCUCAGGUUGUUCUAUGAUCAUGUCUAGUCCUUAUUUAAGUCUGUAUUCAUGAAUAUACCAUUUCACUUGUUGUUAUAAUACCUGGGAUUUUUUUACCAUCUCAAUUUGAGACUUGUCAAAAUUGUGGCGUGAUGACAAGGACUGAUUUGAAAUUAUUUUGUUUGAUUCGGACCUUUACAUGACAAUUUUAUGGCUUACUUACAUCCAAAUAUUGACUUGUUAAUAAGGAUUGAAGUAGACUACGACUUCGAUGUAAAAAUGAGUACAAAAAUACAAAAAAGAAUUUCGAAUAAACUAUUCUAUAUUUAACAAAUAAAGCAUCUGUCGACACAUGACAUAAUAACAGACAAAAUAUAGAUUUGUUAUAGCAAAUUCAGUCAUGAAUACAGACAACAGAUUACACAUACUUUUGAUUUUCCUUUUUAUAUUUUAUCUAUAUUGGGCCUAGAUUAAAUAAGCGAUCAUAACACAAAAUCGCUGUUUUUAACUAAAAAAAAAAAAAACGUUUUACC